AUGGCUGGCAACUUUGGUGAGGAGCUACUUUCAGAACCCACGUAUCUCAGAGAGGAACUGUGGCGAACUUUUGUUUCAUAUAGUGAUCUGAAGGAUGGAGAUGAGGGGGUUGAGGAGUUGUUUAGGAGCUGGAUUGAUCCAGAAAGCGUGAACGUCGCUUUGGGGGUGGAUACCACCAGUGGAUACUGGAAACUCGAAAGCACAUCACCCGAACUGGUGAAGCUCUUCAAGGACACCGCAGCCUUCAGGGUGGUUGGACGUGUCCGAGGUCCACGCAGGGCCUUCGAAGGUCCCUGCGUGGCAGUCGUUGAGCUUGCCUUUCGAGGCACGGACCGAGUGGCCAACUGGGCGACCAACGCCAACACCUUCCUGGUCCCUACAGCCAUUGGUGGAUGCCAUGGGAAGGUUCACCAAGGUUUUCAGACAGCCUAUUUGUCGUUGCGAGAUGCCAUUCUCCACAAUAUUGAUACUGAGCUGGGGAAAAAAGGGAUCCAGAAUGGCCAAAGUGUACUUGUAAGGAUCACUGGGCACAGCUUGGGCGGUGCUUUGGCUACACUAUGUGCGUAUGAUUUUGCAUGUUCAAGGAAAACUUGGGAAGCCCGCUGUAUAACUUGGGGAUGCCCGCGCGUCGGAAAUGGGGAAUUUGCGAGAGCCUGCCUUGAAGUGGUGCCAAAAUGUGGCCGUUAUAUCAACAAGAUGGAUCUUCCGUCGUGCCUUCCUGUAAAUCCGAAAGAUCCACACGACUACAGCAAUCCCGUACGCUCCAUGCUGAGUGGUGCCUCCUCACCUGUGUUCAAAGCGCUGAAGGUAAGCGACUGCGAACAUGUUUGUCCAUGUGUUGUGCUGGAUCCGGAUACAAGCAGUACUUUGCACGUAAUGAUUGCCGGCAUGGAAAUGGCUGUCCUUGCAAAAGAUGGCUUUAUCGAAGGCAUGGCCAAUCACAUUUUUGGACCACAUUACAUUUCUGAAUAUGCUGAGACCCUGCGCUUGGCGCUGGGGUCAGCAAAGCACCGUUUCGAGGGCACUUGGUCAAAGCUUCCCUCUGUGGGGACUUGGUUGCUACUGCCAGCAGAGAUGCCCGUGUACGAGGCUGAAACUUCUCCAAAGCGAGAUGCAUCCACAACACAGACAGGGUUUUUUAGCAGUGUUAGCUCUGAAUCACAGGAAUUCUUGAAGUACGGAUGGUCACUGUUGACAGCUUUUAGGGGUCGUGGCCCUCGGGUUCUCAUCGAUUUGCAUGAUGAUGUUGGAAGAUACAGCAAACAGCAACUGGCGGCUAUGGGAGUUCAGCCCGACAGGUUUGAGAAGGUGCCAUUGGAAACGGUCUUGAAGUCGAGCCCACAGUUGCUUCACACUGAAGAAGGCUGUGCGUUGCUCAGGCGUGCUCAAGAGCAACUAUUGACCCUGCUUCCGAUGCUUACUGUGGCAGCAGAUGAGGAGUCACAACCCACGCCAUCCAAGCAGAUCUUGGCACAGAUGCAGAAGAACGGUGCAGCUGCAAAGCUGCUGUCAUGGAGCCGCAAGAAUCUGAAAGCAGCCGAAAGCGACCCAGAGAUGCUGCGCAAUGUCUUAGCCUCCCUGAAGAUGCCGAAACUCACAGAGAUUUUGCUCACCAACACUGGUGGUUUGCGCAAAGCGAAGGAGCAAUGUUUGCAGAUUUUGUACAGCGAGGCGACUCGGGAGCAUUUGCGUGCUGCUGGGAUCACACUGGAUGAACGUGGAGGAGUCAAGUUGCAGCAGGUGCUGCAGAGGGGGCAAGAGCUCGCGAAGACGGAGGAUGGCCGUGAGGUUCUCCGCACUGCUCAGGCACAGGCACUGAGCCUGUUGGCGGCACUCGACGCGCAAGACAGCGGCACUGGGCUCAAUGGGCAGGCCAAAAGCUUCCUGCAGGAGCUGGAGCAAUCUGAGCAAGGCAAUGCCUUGAUAGCUUGGGGUCGCAAGACCUUGCAAGAAGCACACGAGAACCCCGAGUCUCUCCAAAGCCUGAUUAGCUCGCUAGAUUUCACCAACACCAGCGAGUGGAUGCUGCAGUGCCGGGAGCUGCUUACAACAGGGGCAGGAGGCCUAGGGUUGGUCUUUGAAGAUGGCGUCUUGAAACUGGAUGGCUUGAUCGCAAAGGGGCACGAGUACAUCGAAUCUGACAAGGGCACGGAGUUUCUCAGAAAUGCGCAGAGGAAAGCUCUGCAUCUAACAAAAGCGGCUGUUUUUGAGCAGGCGAGUGGGUACAUAGAGCAACUGGAAAAGUCGGAGACGAGCAAGAACAGCAGAAUGCUUUUGGAGCAAGGGCGCUCCUUGCUGGCAUCUGCAGAAGAGGAUCCUGAUGCACUCAAGAAAUGGCUAGCAUCGAUCGAGGCGUCACAAGCGAAUGAAUGGCAAGAAUGGGGAGCCAAAGUAGUUGCCAACAAUGAAGGGAAGCGCGAUGAGUUUAUGAGAACCGUGUCUGAGCAAUGUUCGGCCUUCCUCACUGAACAGUUGCGAAUCAUCAAGGUACCAAAGAUUGAAAGUCCAGCAGACGGGAGCUCCUACGAAUACUGCAUUGACAACAUUGACCUUUCAUCCUGUUCUGUGAGUAAGGAUGGCUUCUUCAUUUACCUCAAGCCACCAGGCUCGAGUGAGGCAGCGGAAACUCCAGAGCCAAGUCCGUCAGCGCAGAGCCCGUCACAAAGUCAGCAGUCCUCUCCGGCCUCCUCCCCGCCCUCACCGUCGUCGGCGUCCUCUCCCACCAAGAUUGAAGGCAGGCAGCAAGCAAGCAAAAGCACUGGCGAGAUCCUUCGGGUGACUGCGAAGGACAUAAAGGUGCACAUUCCAGAACUCAAGUGGAAGUACGCACAAAAGACAUUUCCCUACUUCAAUGGACACGGCACCGCGGAGACUGUUGCACAUGGGGCUCAAAUCAUGAUGGCGUUUGAGCUUCACUCGGCGAAGGUGAAUGGAGAUUUGGUUCCACGACUUGCACUCGCGCGCAGCCAAGUGGUCAUUGAAAAGUUGGUGCUGAGUUUCAAGGAGUCCAGCUUCAGUUGGCUGUACAACACUAUGGGAUAUCUUUUCCAAGAAUCGGUUCGGGACUACGUGGUUUCCAGUCUUGAUUCUGCUUUAAAAGCAAAUAUAGCGAGCCUCCUCACACCGCUCAACCGCUAUUUACACCCAUACUGGCCCGUGGUGCUGUCCAACGUUGCCAUCCCCCUGGAGAAAUUGCCCAGCACGGGUGUGGAGGAAUAUACUGUGGUUUUGGGCCAAAUGAAGGAACCUGUCGGGGCUGACUUCAUAGAUGCCAAAGAUGGUCUCACACUGAUCGCUAUAGAGGAAGCAGGCGCGCUCCAUCGUUGGAAUGAAACCGCAGCCGCAGAGCGUAAGGUGGAAGCUUUUGACCUGCUCUAUGAAGUGGAUGGCAAAGUUGGAGAGGAGCUCAUUCAAGCCCUUGACAACGGACCUCUAAACGAAUUGAUGUUUCGCCGAACAUCUGCAAAGGCAGCCUCUGAAGAACCAGAUGCAGGCAGUGGUGCAUGA